AUGGCAGAUCCAGCUUAUGCCGAUGACAUUCAGUUUGCAGGUCUGGUGCAAGCAGCGACCGCUGCCGCCGACGAACAGACCAGGAAUCCGUCAUUGCUGGGGAAGAGAAAACGAGGCGACAGCGCUGUAGGGCAUAUACCAAUGCUGCAUGAAGAUUUGAUCAACGAUGCACCUGAUCCGGCAGCGGACUCCAAUUCUCCCCAGCUGCCGAGCUCCGCGUCUGUCCUCUUUCGCGAACCUUCCUCAAAGAGCAGGAAAUACAGCAGGCCGCCUCUAGGCAAGGUCUUUGCGUCCUUGGAACUGGCUCCAGAGAAUUUCUUACGACUGCAAACCGCCGCUAAGGCCUUCAUGCUCGAUGAAGCCCACCCCGAGCGUAGGGAUGUCAUUGGACAUAAGAAAAACGUUGGGGGAACCGAUGUGGCCAAAUUGAAAUUGUGGAACUGCGUUGAAGAGUUUCUCUCGGUACACGGAUACGGUGAGAAAUAUUUCGGUCCUGGGGCUGGAGCUGGCAUUCCUGGCGCUCCUCCCCGCACACUGUUAUGGCCUCAAGACAGUCAGACCAUCAUCAAGCUUAUGAUGCCUUUGAUGCGGAAGAUGGUCACCAACGAGCGCCAACGAGUCUAUGCUGCUGCGACGAGGAAACAAGGCUCCAAUAGAAGCAGUAAAGAUGAGCUUUCCCCAGCACCGGACGGUGCUUCUCAAUCCAUGCAUGGCGAUGGAGACGAAACUACUUUUCCACAUGCCGAGAGCGACACCGAUUCACGUAUGGCACCGGAUCGCGAUGUCUCUACGAUGUCAGCCAGCGAGUCUCACCCUACAACAGCGUUCAAGCAAUCUAUUGUGCUCUACGUCAAUGUCGUCUCGAACACUGGUGGUGCGCUCAGACGGGUAAUCCCGCGGUUUACCUUGACACCUGAAUCUGCACCUAGUCUGUCCAGUCUUGUUGCCGAAGUGGAGAGAAAGCACAAAGUACCACGGAAAGAGACUGUCCCAGAAAGAGGGAAUAGUCCUAUCGUGAAGGUGUGGCUGCCUGACGGCCUGGUGACAGUGACAGAAGACGGCGAAUGGAUGGUAGCGCUCUUGAGUGCUGGUGUGGUUGACUGGAUGGAUGGGGAGGUCAGGGUUCUCGUCGAAGUAUGA